CUCUGUUCCAAAGGCUCUGUCGCUAAAAAGUUAAAUUAAUAGUCCGAAAAAGUCUUAAAACGUUUCAGAAAGUUUUUGUUUUAGGCUGAGGUUUCUUUUUAUUGUCGUAUGUCCAUCCAGAAUUUAAACACUCGUGACCCCUUUGCUGAUGCAAUCAAGGGCAAUGAUGAUGACAUUCAAGACGGACUUGUGCAUAUAAGAAUCCAACAGAGGAACGGUCGCAAGACAUUGACCACUGUUCAGGGCUUAUCCGCAGAAUAUGACUUGAAGAAAAUAGUGCGCUCCUGUAAAAAGGAAUUCGCAUGCAAUGGUACUGUAAUAGAACACCCAGAGUAUGGUGAAGUUCUACAACUUCAGGGCGAUCAACGUGAAAAUAUCUGCCAAUGGUUGACCAAGGUGGGAUUAGCGAAGCCAGAUCAAUUGAAAGUCCACGGCUUUUAAACAGAUGCCAAGGAACAAACUAAAGUGUGGAUAUUCUUACGCGUCUUUCAUACAUAAACAACAAACGCAUAUAUAUAUAACACUUACAUAUAUAUACAUUAUAUACCAAACUUGCUAGUUCUUUGUUCUAAUUAACUAAAAGCUCCUCUCGAUUUAUAUAAAGACAAAAGCAAUAGACCAU